CGGCUCCGGCUCCGCCGCUCGCCGCCCUAGACGCCGCGGGAGGGUCAGGAUCGUCCCGGCUUCGCCGGAGCCUGGCCGCUCGCCGCCAUCCGCUUCGGGCGCGGGGAGGAAAGGGACCGGCUGCUGCCUGCCCCGCCGGGAGGAGGCUCGGCGGCCAGCAGGCGCGCGGCGCCCCAUGCCGGGAGGAUGCUGGAGAGCGGCUGCAAGGCGCUGAAGGAGGGCGUGCUGGAGAAGCGGAGCGACGGGCUGCUGCAGCUGUGGAAGAAGAAGCGCUGCAUCCUGACCGAGGAAGGGCUGCUCCUCGUGCCCCCCAAGCAGCCGCAGCCGGGCCCCCCGGCCGCCGAGCCGCCGGCCGCCAAGAUCAAGGAGCUGCACUUCUCCCACAUGAAGACGGUGGACUGCGUGGAGCGGAAGGGCAAGUACGUGUAUUUCACCGUGGUCAUGGCCGAGGGGAAGGAGAUCGACUUUCGGGGCCCGCAGGAGCAGGGCUGGAACGCCGAGAUCACGCUGCGGCUGGUGCAGUACAAGAACCGCCAGGCCAUCCUGGCCGUCAAGUCCACCCGCCAGAAGCAGCAGCACCUGGCCCAGCAGCACCCGGGCCACCGCCUCCGCAGCGCCUCCAACUCCGCGUAGGGCGCCCGAGGGACCGGCCGCGCCACAGCCCCGGUACCGCCCCGGGCGCCUAGGGAUCCUGCCCCCGCAGCCCCAGAGCGCUGGGGAGCGUGGGAUCUGCGGGCCGCCACAGCCGGCUGCCUGCCAAGCCGGGAACCCCCCGGUCCCUCCCUUGGCCGGAGCAGGUGGGCUCCCGAGCGCUCUCGGGGCACGGGGAGCCUUUACAGAUCAAACCAGCGCCAGCGUACCGGCCGGGGACUCCGGCUGCCUGGGGGCGGGGGAAGAGGUUUCUCUGCUCCCAGCACCUUCCAGGAGUUUCAGAGGCAGCCGGGGAGCGCUGCCUUUUGUGCCGCGGGUGAACGGUUUCCGAGCCCUGGGCUGCCCUCGUAGGCCCCAGGAGCCCCGAUGAUCUUCCAUCUCCUGCCCCUCCGUUUGUGCCUGGUUGGCCGUGGCAGGGCCGCGCACCCACCGUUUGGCAUUCGGAGAGCUCGUUCCAGGCGCAGGCAGGUUGGCUAUCUGUGCACACGCCCUUGGCCAGCUCAUUCCGAUGCCCUUCCUUCUGUGCUGUUGUAUCGCAGGUUGAAUCCAAGCGCCACUUCAGGACGUGAGACCGAGCAGCACCCUUCUGUUGUGAACACAUUUCGGGGGCUCAAAACGCUUGGCAAACCAAGGAGAGCCGCGGAGCAGGGAGACUGGAGAGCGUCAGAUCAACAACCUGAACACCCAGCGAGUUUUCUGCACAAUCCCUCCCUUGGUGCAGGGAAAACAUUUCAAGUCAUAUGGACUCUGACUACUGUUUAUGAACCUUGGAAAGGAUCAUCUGGCAUGGUGGGGCUUCUUGGACACAUGAUGUACUGUACAUUUAUUUUAAAGUAUUGUAUUUUAUGGUUAUUUAUUAGGGAUUUUGUAAAAGGCUUGUUUGCAAGACGUUUCUGAAUGUAGGCCAUUAUCCAGAAAUCAAAUUCCAAAUAAAAAUUCAAAGCACACCUCAGCUCCUGGAUAUAUUUUGCAACCUUUGGAGAGAGGGGGAGGUUGUGGGAGAAGAGAAUGAUUUAUAUAACCAUGAAUUUUAGGGGGUUUUUCACAUGGAAUACAAUAGUUUUCAUUUCAUUUCAUUUCAAAAUAUUAUUUUAGAAACUGUUGUUAUAUUAAGGUGAAAAGUAUAAUGCAUGGUUUAGAAUUAGGAUAAAGAUCUUAAUGCUUCUCUCCAAAGGUUGGAACCUGAUGUUAAGGUUAUUAUUCUUUUUUAAACAUAAAUAUGGGGGAAGAGUAUUACAUUUUAUAUGCAACUCAGUUAUACAGAAAAACUAAUCUGAUUCAUUAUUAUUAGAUAAAAUACCUUUGUUUCAUUUAUCACCUAUAGCAGUUGAAGAGGGAACUCUGACCAAUUUGAUUUGUGAUAUGAGAACAUGUCACAUUAAAAUUAUAUCAAUUUUAUGUGCUUGCUUAUUUUGUGUUAUGAAAAUGGUUGUGAGAGCUGAGAACUAUUUAUUAAAACUUCUGUACAUUUGAGUUCAGGGCUCUCUUGGUACAGAAGGUUUAUGAAAGGGCCAUGUUCCUGACCUUUUUCUGACAGGUUUUAAAUGUCUUGCAUUGAAAAACUCCACAGUUUAAAGCCCAUCUUGUACAUGUCUUCAAGUUUUUAAAUGAGUCAUUUCAGUCAUAAUUUUCCUAAACUGAAAAAUGUUAUAUUGCUGAGAUAAACAAGUUUAUUUUAGUGUGUAAUAUUACCGGAUGUCGAGAGAUGUGUUGGGACCUUGUCUGCAUUAUGUUAAUGAACCCCAUGAAGUUAGAAAACAAAGCACUAGGCACAUGUGUCUUCCUUCUCCUGUUGAAAUCAAUGAGAGUUUUGCUGUUGAUUUCAGCAUAUGGGGUGACUAGGCCCUGAUCCAGAAAAGCAAGUUAUGCCCGUGUUUAUGUGCUUUGCUGGAUUGGGCCCUUAAUGUGGUGGGUCAUUCCCCAUUUUGCACUGCUGUAGUUAAAGUUCUCUGCUUUGAAAUAAAUAGUAAGUUGUCCUUAAAAAUCUGAUAGUACGGUACGGCCUGUUAUCGCUAAGUCAAGGUACAGAGCCUCAGCCAUGGAACUAUUUCUUUUUACCAACUCAGUAGGGAAACUGCUCUGCCCGUUUUUAAGCUAUACAAACGUAAACAGACUUAAAGUAAUAUGUUUAGAGCUUUUGAUUUGUAGCUUCACCUUAAAAAAAUGACACCGUUCAUAUUGUUUUUAGUAACUGGAUAAAACAAAACAUGAAAAUGACACAGUGAGAUCUUAAACCAAGCACUGCAUUUGAAGGGUACCUUUUAAAUUACUUCCCAUCUCAAACUGAGGUCCAGUCCUGCAAGGUGCUGAAUUCAUUCUGCUCCCCUUUAUCUUACAGGUCAUUUAGGGUACUGAGCCCCUUCCGGGGUGAUGGAACAUAAUUUAGCCCUGAUCCUGCAAACAUGUAAGUAGCCCCAUUAAUGUCAUUGGGACUAUGCAUGUGAAUAAAGUUAAGCAAGUGUUAGCAAAAUUAAGGCCCAGUCCUGCAAACCCUCAUGUGAACAGUCCCAUGGGGCUAUUGGAGUUCAGGUCCUUUGUAGGGACAUAUAUUGACUGGAUUGGAAUGGCAGGUUACAAUGGCCCUAAGAAAGUCAUUCCUUUGAGGCUAAUUGAAACAGAGAAUGUUCAGCACCUUGCAGGACUGGACCCCUCAGUCUGGGACACAGGGAGGAAGGAGGUGAAAAGAUGCCCUGCAAGUGCAGCUGCAAGUUUUCACAUCUCAGUUCAUUUGCCAUUCUCAUUCUGCUAAAUCUAGAUGACUGUGCUGGAAGGGAGACUUACAAAAUAGACUGUUAUAGACUGUAGUGGCUCCUUCAAAACCAUUGCCCUUGACUGUGUAAAACAUCUACCUUUUAAAAAGUGCCGAAAUAUUGAUUUGUGGAAAAAUGUGAUCUCUUUUUCAGAGCCAUUAAUUACAGUUUAUCAGGUAGCUAACCCACCCUUUCAGAUAUACACCUAUAGCACAGAAAAUUCACCUAUCAAAACAUGCAUUUAACCAGGUAAAGAAUAAAUGGAAUUAUUCAAAAUGUGUCUCUGUGAUGCAAGAUAGGUAUUUCCCUGGGAGAUGCAGUCAUUCCUAUCCUACACAAACCUGAUCCAAAGCCCACUGAAGUCAAGACUCCUUCUGAUGCUAGAUCAUUUAAUUAAAUCAUUUAAUUUUAUCAUUUUCCCUCAAAGUGCUUGUGCUUUUAAAAACAAAAAAAGGACCUUUUUUUAAAGGUUUAAAUAACAUUAAGAUUCUGUCUCAAACUGCUGAAAGGCAAGAUUUUCAAAAUCAAGUUUGAUGGCAUCAUUAGCUCACACUUUGAUACAUCUGCCCUCCAGGUUGAAAUCAAAGUGUCCUCUUUCACGUUGCAGUCUUGGUUUAUGUUGGUUUGAGACAGACUCUUUCUGUAUUAUUUGAACAUCUAUCUUAAAUGUAAUAAUCUUUAUCAUGAACAAACUGUUGCUUGCUUAUAUUGCCAGAUGUGUUACUUAUUUCCCGUUAUGUUGUUUAAAACAUUGCUGUCAGCCCAGGUGCUGCUGUGACAGGUGAGCACGUCACAAAAUCCACUUCUGAGUUAGCAUCUGUCCUUGUGGUCUGAGUAGAAGCUCCAGUCGUUGGCUGGGAUGAGGGCGUUUGCUCCCUCAGCUCAGGAUGGAGGCAGUGUGAGGGCAGCCUGGCACAUGCUGCUCAUGCCAUUCUAGUGUCAAUGAGACUUCAAUCUCUGGGGCAUUCAAUCUGGCAACUUUCUGAAGUAUUAAAUUUACUAUGCUCUUCUUGAGAAUAGUAGCAAUACAGACCAAAAAUUCAGCUGGACUUGUAAAGAUACAUGUUUAUUUUGUUCUUUUCCUACUGAACAGUCUUCAUUGACUCUACUUGGUUAAAUAUUGAUUGUCACCCACAUGUUCUUUGUCAGUGGUAACUACUCAAAUAGGUCCAGUGUGUCCUGCACCAUCCAUGGCAGAACAACAUGUAUAAUCCUACACGAGGUUCACAAGGGAAGUAAUCAUGAUAGUCCCCUCCCUUUAAUGGAAGAAGGAUAGAAUGGGUAUACGACUCCAAUGAAUUUAAUAGAAAAUAAAUUACAGUGCCAGUAAAACAAAAAGAGGUGCUCAGUGUAGCUAGCGGCAGUGUGGAAAGCCGGUUAAUAAAGAGGUCAACCUUUUUUAUGUCUUAGUAGAAGACAUUGGCGCAAACUGAAUAUGCCUGCAUGUAAGGAGGGGCAGAAUUCGGCAGGGAAAUUCAAGCUGUGGUGACCAUUCUGUAGCUUAAUAGCUUAGUAUUUAGAAGCAAGAAGUUCAACCAAAUGUGAUCUCUGUUACAUCCUGAAGUAGCUCCUCUUCCUUAAAAUUCAUGUUCUGUAACUGCCGGAUUCUGACCAUUAGCUGCAGUGAUGUACCAAAUGUUUUCUAGCAUAUCCUGUCGUGAGCUGAAAUAUCGGUGUUGUCAAAUUUGUGUGUAAAUACGACUCAUAAAUGAUUUCUGAGAGAUGUGAUUUAUUUUUCAUAUUUUUCAAAAUGCAUUCCAUUUCAAAUAAAGAGGUAUCUAUUGAAAUGAA